AAAGGGUUUUACAGUAUUUGUUUUAUACUCAAGUUCUGCAGUGAAGGUAACUUCAGAAGUAAUCUAAAUACUCGAUGAAGCAGGUAUUUAAUAACUUAAAUACCUCUUUAGAGCGCCUUGUUCAACAAAACAAAAAAUAGCGUCGUUUCCCAUAUAAGUUGACUAUUGGUGUAACAAGACAUGACCAAAUAGGUUUCUGACCACGCUUCCUAAUGUAUUGACGACUCCCCUUAUUCUAGGCUACAGACCCGCAAUUUGACUGCACAAAUAACAGUGAUAGGGAUGUCUCAACUAACUCCUUGAGGGCAAACCGGAUUGGUCUGCUUCUAUUUUUUAGAAGUGAAAUAAAAACCACAUGUAUACCCUCCUUACGAAAGUCUAAAAUAUUCAAUCAUGCUGUGCUAUUUAUGUGUAUAUAUAUUUUUUUUAAUACGUAAGCAUAUCAAUGCGGUCUUCGCAGGUGCGUUAUACGGCCAGGGGGUAUAAUGUUCAGAGUGAAUCGUCACUAUAAGUAAACUAAUUAAGUAAAAUUUCGUAAUUAGCUUUUUAAUUGGUGUAAAUAAACAUUUGGUACAAAUUAGAAUCCUUCUGAGCGUCAUGGAAAACCACUAAGGCAGCCAAGAUUAGAGAGAUUUCAAGCACGAGCGAAGCGUGGACGUGCGCUAAACUUGCUACCCUUGCAACAGGCGCCAUGCCGGAGGCUCGAAAACACGGUUGUCAAUAGUUUUACCCGCAUUUUUGGACCGCCAGCCAUGCGCCUCUUCACUCUAGCCCGGCGGUGGUACGUCAUGUUUGCCGCUCGGGGCAGGUCUGGGACGCCUGAAGUAUGACGGUUUGCGCAGGCUUCCUUUCCUAAGUGAGGCCGCGUUGGCGUCACGUGAUUUCAAAUGCCAAUUAAAAGCAACCACCGCGCCUGGGAUAUAAAAAGCCCCUCUCACACCUGUAACUCGCCAUGCACAUCUGCCAGCACAUCGAUCGUUUCUGUUGUAUCGCGCGGCGUUAAAUCAAACCGUGGAGCCAAGCGAAUAUUCGCUCCGAUUUUCAAAUCAUGGCAAUGAACAAGUUUCGUCUUGCCUUGCUACAACUUGCAGUGACUCCCAAUAUAUCUAAAAACCUUGAAAGAGCCAGUGAGCGGAUCAAAGAGGCGGCGUCUGCGGGAGCGAAGAUGGUCUGCCUUCCAGAAUGCUUCAGCUUCCCGUACGAGCCGAAGUACAUCGCAAAGUACGCCGAGCCGAUUCCGGGAAAGUCCAGUGAGAUGCUGUCGCGCUGGGCCAGUGACAACCAGGUCUACCUCAUCGGCGGAACAUUGUCGGAGAGGGAAGAUGACAAACUCUACACCACCUGUUUGGCCUAUGGACCGGACGGUUCGCUGCUGGCCAAGCACCGGAAGGUGCACCUCUACGCGACCGAUGUCCCCAGCAAAUUCACUUUCAGCGAGGCGGGUUUCUUAACACCGGGCGACAAAGUGACCACCUUCGACACACCGUUCUGCAAAGUGGGCGUCGGCGUAUGCUACGACAUCGUGUUCUCGUCCUUUGGCGAGCUGUACGAGCGGCUCGGCUGCAAGCUGCUGGUGUAUCCGGGAGCGUUCAACAUUUACAACGGUCCAUUGUACUGGGAGCUAACUUCUAGGGCUAGGGCGGCUGAACACCAGGUCUACGUGGCGUCCGUGUCGCCCUCGAGAGACGAAACGGCCUACUACGUCCUCUGGGGACACAGCAUGCUAGUAGAUCCCACUGGUAAGGUGGUCAGGUCGGCUGGGGUCGAUGAAGAGAUCGUGCUUGCUGAUGUCGAUAUGAACUAUCUGGAUUCGGUGAGGUAUCAGCUGCCCCUCCAUAAACAGAGGAGGAAUGACCUGUACAGAGUAGUCGUCCCCAGGGACGCGGAAACUAACGUGGCGCCCUCUGAUGGAGUGUAGUCUGCGAUGUCGACGACGCAGUAGUCUCUACCAUCCACUCUGCGGACAGAAACUCGGAGGAGUGUAG